AUGAAAGAGCUUAGCCCUCAACAACGAAAGAAUGCCUCCAAGUUACGGGCCAAUGCCCUGCCUGCCGUGCCUGCUCCCGAGCCUGCUGUACCGCCGCGGAGAAGCAGACGCUUACAAGAGGCAAAAUCCGAAGUGUCUACUGAUCCAGCCGCGGUUGCUUUUACAGACUCAGGCAACGGUGCGUCCCUACUAAGGCCUGGGAAGAUCACACUGGGUAAUCUAAAGUCCUCAAGUUCAGCGAAACCAAGGGCUAUCGCGGCCAGCCUUGUUCAAUUUUUGCUGGAGCUUUGA